AUGGACUCGGAAUUGGCUGCGUCGGCGCCGCCGCCCGUACAUGGCGAGGACGACAAUGUUGUCUCGCGAGCAGUCGCUUUUCACGAAGAGCAGGAAACAGAGGAGAAGAUUCGGCCCAAGGGCGUCGAGCUCAAACACACAUUGACGCAAGAGGACAAAGAGCUCGCCGCAGCCGGUUACGACCAUCUUGAACAGAAGAAGAAGGCCGAAGAGGAGAGGGCCAGUGUUGACAUCAGCGAGCACAAUAUUCCCCUUAGCGAACUCGGCGAGAAACUUUCCACUUCCAUCAACGUCAAGGAACCCGGUACAUCUCAAGGACUUUCCCCCGAUGAGGCCGCUUCCCGCUUGAAGCGCGAUGGUCCCAAUGUUCUCACCCCACCCAAAAAGCGCUCGCCGCUACGCCAGGCGCGUUACAUUGAUCGUCUUUUGACUAUGUUCAACGUCCUUCUUAUCAUUGCUGGCAUUCUGGAAUACAUUUUGCUGGGUAUCGAUUUCCAUGCCAACUUCGCGAACACAUACCUGGGAGGCAUCCUCAUUGCUGUCGCCUUCCUCAAUGCCUUCAUUGACUGGUACCAAACGCAAAAGUCUGAAGCGAUUCUGGCCUCAUUUUUGGCCAUGAUCCCCCCUUCUUGUCGUGUUGUCCGAGACGGUUCCAUCAUCUCUAUCCCUGCGGCGGACCUGGUCAAAGGCGAUGUUGUUCUUCUGCGCUCUGGCGACAAAACACCCGCCGAUUUGGUUAUAUUCGCAGCCACGGACUUGAAGGUUGACAACAGUAGCUUGACCGGAGAAUCAGAACCUCAGGAGCGUUUCCCAGUCGCAAGCGGAAGCACUGCCCGUGCCGUCGAAGCUCAAAACCUGGCGUUCAACUCAACCCUGGUCGUCAAUGGUGAAGCUUGGGGAAUUGUCGUUCGCACGGGUGACCACACGUUCAUCGGACAAAUUGCGUCGUUGACGGGUGGCGAAUCCGGUAACGAGAGUCCUCUCGCAGUCGAAAUGCAGUUAAUGGCCUCGAUAGCGCUCAAUUUGUCAUCAAAAUCUCAUGCAUUGCCAUUGUCUUCGCCGUCGUUUUCUUCGUUGUUGGGAUUACAACGGCGUAUAAAGGCAAAAGCGUCGCAGACCGUUACAUUUGCUGUGUCUAUUCUGGUCGCCUUUGUUCCGGAAGGCUUGCCGUCGGUAGUAACUUUACUUCUUUCCAUUGCCGCGAAGCGUAUGGCCGCGCAGAAUGUGCUGGUGAAGGACCUCCAGGGUGUCGAAACUCUAGGAUCGUUGACCCUGUUGGCCACGGACAAAACGGGAACUUUGACACGUAACCAAAUGACCGUCACGAAUCUCUGGAGCGGGGAGAAGAUGUAUUCGGCCUUCCAGUCCAACAAUGACGAAGACACGACGGCGGCUUUCUCCUUGCAAGCUUCGGGGAUGUCGGAGCUCGUCGAUAUCGCCGCACUCAACUCUCGUGUCAAGUUCGACAAGACCGAUGUUCCGUUCGACCAGAGGCAGAUCUUGGGAGAUGCGACUGAGACGGGAUUAACGCGUUUCGCCGGGAGGUAUCUCAGUGGGGGAUAUGAUGAACACCAGAAGAAAUUCCCCAAGGUGUUUGAAGUGCCAUUUAAUUCGACUAACAAGUGGGCUUUGGUCAUUCUGAAUAAACCCCAUGCGGAUGGCAACCUCACCGCUUACAUCAAAGGCGCUCCCGAACGUGUACUGGCCAAAUGCUCAACAUACCUCAAAGACGGCGCGCUUUUCCCCAUCACUGAUGACUUCCGAAAGUCUUACGACGAUGCAUAUAACUAUAUGGCCUCUCGCGGUCACCGUGUGAUUGCCUGUGCACAGACACUUCUUCCGGGUUCCAAGUUUCCUGUAGACCAUGAAUUCACGAGAACGGAAUUCCCGGAAACGGAGUACUGUUUUGUUGGGCUUGUGUCUUUGGAAGAUCCACCGAAACACGGCGUGCGAGAAGCUAUCGGGACGCUGCGGUUGGCGGGAAUCAAGGUCAUGAUGGUUACCGGUGACCACCCGAAGACGGCUGAGGCCAUUGCGCGCAAGAUCAACUUGAUCAUCGGCGACACACGGGAGACACUGGCAGCUCGCACAAAUCGUUCCAUCGACGAAAUUUAUGAGGACGAAGUUAAUGCGGUGGUCAUUCACGGCGACGACAUCGACGGACUCCAAGGCUGGCAAUGGGAUCAGAUCUUUAGUAAAGAAGAGAUCGUGUUUGCGCGAACAUCGCCCAAGCACAAACUCGAGAUCGUUAAACGCGCCCAGGCGUUGGGGCAUAUCGUCGGAGUUACUGGUGAUGGUGUCAACGACUCGCCUGCUCUCAAAAAGGCUGAUCUGGGAAUUGCGAUGAAUAUAUCCGGCUCGGAUGUCUCGAAAGAAGCCGCCAAUAUGAUCUUGUUGGACGACAACUUUGCUUCGACAGUCAAGGGUGUUGCUGAGGGCCGUCAAAUAUUCGUCAACCUCAAACGUUCAAUUCAAUACACACUGUCACAUAGUACCCCAGAGGUCAUCCCGCAACUUCUAUACGUUGUGGUCCCAAUUCCCUUGCCGAUCUCUGCCAUCCUUAUCUUGGUUAUUGAUCUUGGUUUCGAGCUGUUCAUCGCGCUCUCGUUCGCGUGGGACAAGCCAGAAACGGUUGACGGACUGAUGAGGAUGGAGCCUCGUAAACCAGUCAACGACCGAUCAAUCCUCUCGCUCAAACGGAAAGCUUUGCGCCGCACUAAGACACUUCGACGUGACCCCGAGACGCAGGACAUAAUAAAACCCAGUAAAUUCUCCGUGCUGCUCGCUCAACUUCGGACGCCAUUCACGCGAGAAUACUGGGAAGACGCUAUGGAAACCAAAGAUGGGGAAACUCUCGUCGACUCCAAGCUGCUUUCAUACGCAUAUCUCGAGGCUGGGAUGAUUGAAAUGUUGGCUUGUUUGGUGGCGUAUUUCGUCGUGUUUUUUAAGGCCGGGUUUUCCCCCAGCGACUUGCAGAAGGCGCAGAAGGCUGGAUCAUUUUUCCUCAAGUCAAGUCCCGACUUCAUCAACUACAAGGGACAAGUGCUCUCCGCGUCGCAACAAGUGGAGGCCUUUGCGAGGGCGCAAUCGAUCACUUACCUUUCGGUUUUCAUCGUCCAAUGCUUCAACGUCUUCGCUGUUAAAGCCAAAUUCACGUUCCCCUUUGGCCGCAACGCAAUUGGCAACAAGCUCAACUUCGCGGGUAUCCUCGCGGGUGCUUGCCUGGGAAUGUUUAUUAUCUACACGCCGCCGUUGCAUGUCGUCUUUGGAGGGACCAAGGGCCUGUCUCCGCUAUACUGGUUAAUACCGGUGGCGUUUGGAGUGGUGUUGCUGGCGUGGGCAUCAUUGAGGGUUAUCCUGUUGAGGAAGAGUAUCGAGGAGGCCAGGGUAAAAGACAUCAAGGGACUGAUGAUGUUCCCGACCAUGAGGACGAUGAGUAUGCGCUCUAAGCAACAGUGA